CUUGAAUUAUGUUGCCAACCAUAUCGCUUGGUUUAAAUCCGAUUGUAACGCUGUUUGUGAGCAGCAAAAAUGCUACCUCAGAGCGUCGCUUUGAUAGAAGCUAUACUGUUUUUACUCUCAAGGAGCGACUUGAGCCUAUCACGGGCAUUCCUGCCUCGACCAUGAUCAUCAAACUGAUGUCAGCUUCUGGCGAGUUUAUGGCUGCAUUGGACGAUGAUGAAAAAAUGCUGGGCUACUAUCCUAUUCACGACUAUAUGCGGUUAGAUGUUAUUGACCGCAGUCCAUAUAAACAGAACGACUAUGUCGAUCUGUCUAAAGUAACAAAACUAGAGUUGGCAGAUGACAAAUACGACACUAUGCGAGGUACUGUUCGGGAUUUUAAACGGAGAAACAAGAUGGGGCGAUUCUCGGAUGCAAAAUCUGAUGAAAGUAUGCUGUCAGCUGCAGCUCAGCUUGCUGCUGAGGAAUAUCAGCAGGAGGCAUCACAAAUUCACGUUGGUGACCGGUUUCAGGUUAAAUCCGAUGACAGCAGUAGUAUCCAGAAGCGAGGUGUUGUUCGAUUUGUUGGACAAGGAGAGUUUAAACCUGGAUACUGGGUUGGCGUUGAAUACGAUGAGCCAGUUGGAAAGCAUGAUGGAUCAGUAAAAGGAGUCGCUUACUUUUCAGCCAAGCCUGGACAUGGUGCUUUCUUGCGUCCGGACAAAAUUGUUGUUGGAGACUAUCCUGAAGAAGACUUGUUUGCUGACGAUGAAUUCUGAUUAACCAUUUACCAUUCAAUCUUAACGAAUGCAUGUAUGGAUGCUUGGUUGACUCUGUAUACACCAGGCCAUUGGUUGUGACGAUCUACAAUAUUUCUUGCCAAGUGGCUCAUUCCUGCUCAUUUCUCAACGGCAACUUUUCAGGAUGUAUUCAAUAGUAUCCUCAUACCACUCUUGCUGCAUAGCACCUAUAUAUGCUUUCAAGAAACAUAGAUACAGGCUAAUUCUAUAUUAAAGUUUAAGAUUUUAAGCCGAGAUGGUAUCU